CGUGCAGUAUCCUUAUCAGUCGCUGUAAACGUGUGUUGGUACUCGGUUGUCAAACAUCCAGGCCUCUCUCAACUGUAUCCGUGCGAUGAGUUGCGGGUCUGAAUAUGGCGAAGAUGGUGAUUUUCCUCUUUGACGGCAAAGAAUGCUACCAGGUCACGUGACAGGCCACAAAAUCAGAUUCAGUAACAACUACAAUGUGAUGGAAAUAUACUCCAAGCUUUUGUAUAUCCUUUUGCUGAUGCAACUUAUUACUCGGCUGGCAUUCGCUGGACCGUGCCGAUUAUCCGAAUUUACCUGUGAAAAUGGUAAAUGUAUAGGAUUGGGUAGAUAUUGUGACAGUACCGACGAUUGUGGUGACGGAAGUGACGAAAACGUUGGUUGCACGCCCUGCAAUCGCACGAUAUACGGUGAAGUCAACAUUAAAUAUCCACUGAGGAUCACGGAGCCAUUCCAACGCUAUCUACCUUUCGUCUGUCGAAUUAAUUUCAUUGCCGGAGGAAGAGAUUACGGAGAUAUCAUUGAAUUAACCUUUCUGUCCUUCCAGAUCGGAUCUCUGGAAUUAGAUAGGAACCAUACAGCCGUCUGCGAGAAAGGAUUUAUGAAAAUUAUGGAAUCGCCAAGGAGCACCAUACGAGGUCUUCACGUACAAGAUUACACUAAAAUCCUGACUUCUUCGGAUAGAUAUUUUCAACGAGGGACUGGAAAACCCGUAGUUGGACAACUUUGUGGAGAAAUGGCUGGUGUUGGAGCAACAUAUUACUCAGAGGGCAACAACGUCACUUUGCUCGUGGUGGUUCCUAGCAGAGCUGCAAUGCAUUUCGAUUCUUUCAGCCUUUAUCUGACUUAUCGCUUCCUUUCAAGAUUGCCGAGUCGUGUGCCAGAUGGUUCCUUGAAGCAUUCACCACAUUUAGGAAUCAGAGUACCAGGAAGUUUCUGUGAUCGCGAGUUCAUCAAUUGCCACAGGAGGAAGUGUGUUCUACGUUCGCCAAAUUUCCCUGGUUUCUAUCCAAGAAACAUUACCUGCAGGUAUGGAAUCAGGCAAGAGUUCGUACCUGAUGGUUGUCAGGCUCAGAUCAUCUUGGUGCAACCCAACGAAUAUAAAAUAUCCAUAUACGUGGGUAGUUCCAAUACAGGAAGUUUGCCACGCACUUCCUUGACUUCUAAUUGCUUUGGUGACUUGGUGGAUGUGUACGAUGGUUCAAGCAGUGAGCCUUUACUAGAAUUUUGUGGUGCUGGUUCAUUACCCGAAGUGAUCACCAGUGGCCCCGAAGCCGCUGUGAUGCUGAAAAGUGCUCCUUAUCAAGUGCUUUACGAUUCGAGGUUGGAGUUGCAGAUUAAAGUUCGCUUUGUGAAUUCUUCAGAAUUUCGUGUUAGGAGCGGGAAAUGCUCUUUCCGCAUUGACGGUUACAAACAGAGAAGAGGGGUCUUGUAUACGCCCCACCAUACUGUGCCCAAUAACAUUACCUGCACUUACACACUCACCGGAAGGAGUAAGAGGGACAGGAUAUGGUUAUAUUUUCUAAACUAUUACGUCAGAGACGACAGACGACUUGACGAAGACUCGAAAAGUGAAACGUGUCUUAAUGGGCGCCUCGAUAUUUACGGAUUUUCGGGAAAUUCCACUUUAACUUUCUGCGAAAAAUCCCAUCCGAAAAUGUGUGCGAGGGCUGCGGAUUAUUCAGGUCACGUCCCUCUUCGUCCUUGCUCUUAUCCGGAAGAGAGUUAUUUAUCUACAAGUUCAGUGGUUACUAUUAAGCAUCACGUGACAGGGAGGCAGGAAUUAUCCGCAGUAGCAUCGACUUUUACAGCCAGGUACGAGUUUAUAGAAGGGGAUAUGAGCACGGGAUGCGACCGCCAUUUUUCCAGCUCCGGAGAACACGCGGGUAAUUUGUCUUCUCCAAGGAAUCUCUUCUUGUACGGUCGGGGAGGAAGGACGAAUCUCACUUGCACGUAUACAUUUUCGGCUACAAGGAACCAGAGGGUGAGAAUUGAAAUCAGUUCCCUCAGAUUACCUUCCGAGAUCUGUUCUCAUUAUUAUGACAAGGCCUUUCAGAGACAUAAAUGUAACAUAAUGGGUUCUGGACAGCAUUCGGAGAUUAAAGUCACCGAAAGAAGGACCAUCCCUUCAUGGACGGUGGGUUGUCUAUGUGACGUCACACACGGGUUAAACGAAGUUGCCAUUUUAGAGUCUUCCGGUCCCGAAGUAACAAUGACGUUUAUCAUCGUGGGAAUGUCGUCUUUUGAAGAUUUUAACAAUUAUUGGUUUGAAGCUAAUUAUACAUUCUUCAUCCCUACAGCGUGCGAAGGAGUUAGGAAGAAACAAGAAACUAGCCAAGGCCGAUUAGACUUUACAGUAUCACCUAAUCAAGAAAUUAGAGGAUAUCCCAUAAGAUGCCAUUGGAUAUUAGAGGCAUCACCCAGACGAUAUCUAUACCUUAAAGUCAGGGGAUAUGACGGCUCGGAAAAAUGCCCGGGUGAAAAUAGGUUACUAGUAUACGCAGGGCCUACUAAUCAACCAGUUGCAUCGGUCUGUAGCCGUGGAGAAACUGAGCUGAAUAUUUUCUCUAGUUCGUGGUAUAAUGACACUUAUGGUCACCACAGAAUCGAUUAUACAGAUAGAGUAGUCUUGGAAGCGGUAGCACACGUGCCAGGUUAUUUCAGACUUCGGUGGAUCGAAGUCACGAAACUCUAUUUGAGAACUCAAUCUGGGCAAACCAUGAGAAAUGUAGAUUGUUUACAUGCAUGUCCAGAAUUAAGUGCGUGCAUCGCACCAGAGCUGUGGUGCGAUGGUCACGAACACUGUCCAUCGGGACACGAUGAAUCAUCAGAACACUGCCGACGAUUCCCAAUCCUCUACGUUGCUGCUGGUGGUGCUUUGGCACUCUUAGCUUGUUUAGCUAUGGUGGCAUUUGGUAUUAGAAGAUGCAGGAAGAACAGGAAGACCAAUAAGAUCAGAAGACCUCUAAGGAAGGACGUUUACGAAAUGGAGAGCCCUAUCGGAGCGACAAUUUCGGUUUACUGAAGGAUUUCUUUUGGUAAAGUGCUGCAGUGCUGAUAAUUAUUACAAGACGUGACGAAUUUUAAACAACCCUUAAGUGCCAAAAUAUAUAGAAGAUAAUUAUAGUUUUAUCAGUUUAAGCCAUUUAUGGUCAGGUCGAAAAAUUUUAUCGAAGAUCGUACGAUGCGGAAUUUUAAACGGGGGUUCGAGUCUCAUAAUUUACGAGGCAUCAAACAGGAAAUUUGGUGUACCUAACGCGUACUUAAGACAGGAAAAUAGUGAAAUACUCUAGUUAAAUUUCAUGUUAAUAAGAUAGAAAUAAUUAAAAAAUUUACUUAGUAAUUCAUUAAAAUCGCGCGUAAGAAACCAAUAUUCAAGUAAAUUUAUUCCUCUUCAAACAUCAAGAAGAAUGUUAAAAGCCGAAAGGAAAUUUCAAUUUUUCAUUACAUUAACCAUCCAACGAACUUAUUAAAAAGAAAUAAAAUAUAUAUUCAAGUAAUUAAAUACAAUCCUCCUGAAGUCAGCAAAGCGGAUCACCUCCUCUCUGGAGGAUUAAAAUCAAAACCGAUAAACAAACUAGAAACGAGCAGAAUGAACAGUUUUAAAACUCGAAAACAGUAAUUUAAGUAAUAUUUUAAUAAGUUAAAACUACCCGGAAAGUCAUUAUUGCUUACCUUAGAGGAUUGUGCUGCUCAAUUAAAACAUACCAAAAGCAAUUCGUUAAGGCAAGCAGUCUCUAAGGAUAUGUAACUUAUGUAUAAACAUGUAACCCAAAUCGACAUUCGAAAAGUGGGUUGUAGCUCAAUAAUUUGGUGAUAUCUGGUACAACGUCGACGUCUUCGUGUCUUUUAUCUUACACUUCUACCAUUGCUUAUUCCAAGAGGGAGUUGUUAUUUAUCACUAGUUGUUUAACAUGGGGGAGGGAAAGGCUUGUAUUUUCUGUCUUUAUUGCUUAUGUAUUAUACUCUAGACGUUCGUAAUUUGGUCGAAAUUGCAUCAGAGAAAAUUACUAAUAUCUUCUACCCCACUUAACUCGAGUAUAAGUGGUGCAGAUGACUAGCUUCAAGGGAGGUUGUAAAGAGCUUGAAUUGCGACUUCAUAUUUACCUUAUUCCAUUUCAGGGACCAUUUCAUUUAUUUAAUGAAAUAUUUUCUAGCGUUUUAAGGUUAUACAAUCGUUAAAUUUUAAGAUGUAUAUACAUAUAAAUAAAUAUAUAUAUAUAUAUAUCCUGACGGUUUUUUAGUUGGGGGGAUUUUUUUUCUGUUUGCUUAUUUAUGGGCGCUGCAGCACUUGUUCAGGUCUGAUUUAAAUUCAGUUGUAUUUUUUCUUUUUUUAAAUUAUUACUUUUGUUUUCCCCUUGACGUUCAAGUGCCUACCUUUACAAGAAUAUUGGAUGUUGUUUGGUGUCAAGUAAAAUUUGAUCCCACCUGACUAUAUACAGUUUUUCUUGUGUCGUCUUUUUGAAUAACUCUUGAUGGCAGACCGAAGAUUCUAUUCUUUUUUCGUCUACAUGGGAUGAUAUUUUCGUGUUUUAUUAUUAAAAAAACGUAUAAAAACCUCUUUUUUUAAUUAUAUAUCGAAGAAUAAUAAAGGUAUAUUUUAAUUAAAACAUAAUAUAAACAUUAAUCUUAAAGAAUG